AUGAAGGCUGGCCAAUGGGAUCCGACAAUUAAGAAGGUCGUCAUCAACGACAUACCGAAACCCACACCCAACGACAAUCAGUUCCUCGUCAAAAUCCAAUCCGCUUCAUUAUGUCACUCCGACCUCCAUAUGGACAUGCGGCCCGACUACCCCGCAACCUUAGGCCAUGAAGGCGUUGGUUAUAUUGAAUCAAUUGGCAAAAGUGCUGAAGGCAAGGGUUUCAAAGUCGGUGACGCAAUUGGCACCAACUAUUUUAUCGACUGCUGCUUCGAAUGCGAGGGCUGCAUGGUACACAAUCUGCGCUGCGAGACGGGCAAGUCCAAAUUGCAGGGUUUCGUAGUCGACGGCUUCUUCGCCGAGUAUGCGGUCGUGGACUGGCAGAAUGCAGUGCUGCUGCCGAAAGAGUUGGAUAUCUCGAGAGCGGCGCCGCUGUUUUGCGCGGGAAUCACGAGUUUUCACUCUGUGGAUAGCUGUGAGUUGAAAGAAGGGCAGUGGUUGGCUAUUAUUGGGUGUGGAGGAUUGGGACAGUAUGCCAUCCAGUAUGCUAAGGCGAUGGGCUACAAGACGAUUGGUCUUGAUAUCAACGACUCGCAACUAGAGAUGGCGAAGAAGGUCGGAGUCGAUGCGGUCUUCAACUCCAUGACGAACAAGAACUACGUCGAAGAAGUGAAGAAGCUCACAGACGGCAAAGGGUGUCACGCAGCUGCCGUCUACUCUGCGAGCAAUGCUGCGUAUGCAGGUGCGCCGGAUAUCCUCCGUGUUGGCGGCCUCAUCAUGGUCAUUGGCAUUGCACCGAAGCCUUUGGACUUUAUCACUACAUUUGAUUUGACUACUGGGAGGUACCGCAUCAAGGCAGACAGCACAAGCAUCCCGCAGCGGAUGAAGAAGGCUGUUGAUUUUACAGCGAAGCACAACAUCCAACCAGAUGUAGAGUUCAACAAGAUCGAAGAUUUACCGCGUAUGGUGGAGAACAUGAAGCAGGGCAAAGCGGAAAAGAGGCAAGUCGUUAUCUUCUAA